UGUAUAACCUAUAAGAUAAUAAUAAGUCACACUUCAGUCAUUAUGAAUAGAUGGUCAAAAUCUUGCUUUACGUUAUUAAUCAUUUUGUUUUCUUUUACAAUUUUUGUAACAAACUUGCAAAUCAAAGGGAAAGCAUCUCAUUUAAAGAAGGCCACGGGUGCAAAAGGCGUAAAACUCAAAUCAUCGAUACAUGAGAUUUUAAAAUCUAGCUCUCGUCAAUAUCCAGCAGCCUUUCCAGGUUCAUCUCUCCUCGGCGUUUGUCCGUUAUGCGAUUCGUCGGUGUUUGGCUAUUGCUCGCAUAAACUAAUCCAUGAUACAUGUUGUUGUACUUUUCCAGUUGCAAUUUACCGUAAGCCACCGCAAUGUGUUUAUUAUGAUUGUCGAAUAUUGUAUGCAAAAUCCUGUUAUGAGCAUAAUUUGAUUAAAAAUUGCUGCUGUCAAAACCCCCAUUUAAGUUUUAAUUGA